UUUGUUUUCCUCCCCUUUCCUCCUCCCAAGCGGAAACCGGAAGCGUGAGAGGGCGGGUCGCGCAUGCGUACAGGAGGUGUUGCCGGCUGCCUUCGCCUUCGUCGGGGUGGGGAAGUGUGGGAGCCCCCUUUGACCAGCUAUCAUGUCUGAGCCGGCCCCUCCCUCGGAGACAGAGUACGCCUUGCGCCGGCGCCUGCCCCGCCGUCUUCCUCGCCGCCGCAGUGACAUCUAUGUCAACAUGAAGACGGAUUUCAAGGCCCAGCUGAGCCGCUGCCAGAAGCUCUUGGGCCCCGGGAGCGGCUACUCCGAGAUCUGCAUCCAUGGCCUGGGACUGGCCAUCAACCGGGCCAUCAACAUCGCCCUCCAGUUGGAGGCGGCUGGUGGCGGUUCGCUGCUCUUGGCGGCCAACACCUCCACGGUGGAGCUUGCCGACGUGGCCGAACCGGAGGGUGACAACGAUGAACCGCUGGCCAGGACCAGAAACAACUCGGCCAUCCACAUCCGAGUCUGCCGGGUCACCCCAGAGUGAUUGCACCAUCCGGAAAGGGACUGCCUGAAAAAAAGAAAAAAGCAUCAUCAUUUCUGUGUGGAAUGCAGUGUUACACAGGAGUCAUUGGGGGGGGAUUCCUGCCCCUUUGCCAGCCUUUCUCCCUUGAUGGCCCUACCAGGCAUGCAGUUAAGGCAGACAUUUGUUAGCUUGGGCUGCGUAUGAAGAUCCCCAUACAAGAGGCAGACCCGUUUGGCUCCCUGAAACCAAAGAAGGACAAGGAAAGGGGGUUACUCUGUUCCCCCCCAAGUAUGGAUCUGGCUGGGUUUCUUGCCCUCAACUACCUUGCCCACCUUGGGGGUGCGUCUUCUUUUGUUCACAGGGACGGUGUGGGAAGAUCUGGCUGUGUGAACUUUCUCUGUGUGUGUGCUGUGAGCUCCGGAACAUUGCUGCUUGAAGAUCUCAAAGUGUGUCUCUUGUGUUGUUAUAAGUUGUAUGUUUGUCUUGUGCUUAGAUCUAAGAAAUAAACAGUUCUCAAUUGUUUUAUUA